AUGUACAGAUCACUCGCUGCCGUCUUUCUUCUUUUGAUUGUUGGUGUUGCUGGUACUUCCCGCAUCGCUUUCCAACAAUCCAGUCAUAUUCAACGUGCUGUUUUGCCACAUAUUAUGAAAGAUGUUCGCCUCGAUUGGUGUCCACAAUGUGUUAAUAGUUUCGAUGAUUUGGUUCAAAUUGUUCUCGAUAUUAUCCUUCAAUAUGGCGUCGUAGACACUUGUGGUCACCUAUGUGAGCUUGUCGAAGAAAAAACAGGCUCGGGAUUACUUGGAUUCAUCUGUACUAUGGGCUGUGAUUUUCUUGGUUUGGAAGAAUUUGUUAAAUUAAUUGAAAAAGCUGACAUUGAUCCAAUUUACUACUGCGAAGUAAUGAAAAUUUGUCCAAUCAAUGACAACGGUGAUGCCAAGUUCAAAUCAUUCGCUGUACUUCCACCACGUGCUCAAACAGAGAGUAAAAUUGCUGUUGAUAUGGUCUAUGUUUCUAAAAACGGUACCGCACAAAAACCUGGUACAUAUGGUGAACGUCUUGUAAUCGACACAACACCCGAUCCAGAAUGCGAUCCAACUCAAGGUGAAUGUGAACAAUGGUUAGCAGGUACCUAUAACAUCACAGUUCUUCUUUGCAAUGGUCAAUGUGGUUCACAUCAUCCUCAUACUGCUUUGUACGAUACUGCUCGAGGUUCUUUUACACUUUAUGAAUAG